CGGGGCAAAGGUCUCUGUGGUUGUACAGGGCGAAAAAGGAGAAGCAGUUAUUUACUUAGCCACUUGCCAAUAUGAGAAGGGACCAGAGGUUGCAGAAGGAGGAAAAGGUUAAGAAUUAAAAGUCAACAGAAUAAAGUUAAUAUUGAACCGCUUCAGCCCGUGCACUAAGAACUUCUUCAGCUGCCUAAAGUCUUGUUGUUUCCGUCAGCACACUUAUGGCAGCGCUGAGAGCCUGAGACGUAAAGGGUACCUCGACAGUACAAAGGGAUUUUUAAACCUUCAUACAAUGUGUGAGGCUUGACAGAAGCUCACAGCGAUGAAGCCUUUUUCUUUCACAAUCACCUCAGACCACUUUCUGCUGUGUGUCUCCCUCAGUCUGCUCUGGGUUGUCACUGACUCAAACUCUACAGUGAGCCCAUUGGCCCCAACGCCUACACACACAACAGCAAUGAACACAACAGCAAUGAAGAAAACAGCAAUGAACACAACAGCAACGACCACAACAGCAAUGAAGACAACAGCAAUGAACACAACAGCAACGACCACAACAGCAAUGAAGACAACAGCAAUGAAAACAACAGCAAUGAAGACAACAGCAAUGAACACAACAGCAACGACCACAACAGCAAUGAAGACAACAGCAAUGAAGAAAACAGCAAUGAACACAACAGCAACGACCACAACAGCAAUGAAGAAAACAGCAAUGAACACAACAGCAACGACCACAACAAAAAUGACCACAACACCGUCGACAACUCUUUCAACGACAAAAGCACCUCCUCGUAACGCUGAAGAGUUUAAAUCGGUGAAUCAAACUGAGACCAGUAUCACUCUGCAGUGGAAGAAAGUGGGCGACAUACUCAACUAUAAACUAGAUGUCAAUGGAACAACAAUAAACGUCACUGCAUCAAUGGAAGAAGAAUAUGUGACCCGCACAAUCAAUAACCUCACAUGUGGGAUCAAAUACAAAUUCACUCUUUUCACCCUGUUUGAUGAGGUCACCAGCAGUGGAGUCCCACACGAGGCAGUCACUGCUCCUUGUAACGCUAAAGAGUUAAAAUCAGUGAAUCAAACUGAGACCAGUAUCACUCUGCAGUGGAAGAAAGUGGGCGACAUCCUCAAGUAUAAACUGGAUGUCAAUGGAACAACAAUAAACGUCACUGCAUCAAUGGAAGAAGAAUAUGUGACCCGCACAAUCAAUAACCUCACAUGUGGGAUCAAAUACAAAUUCACUCUUUUCACCCUGUUUGAUGAGGUCACCAGCAGUGGAGUCCCAUACGAUGCAGUCACUGCUCCUUGUAACGCUGAAGACUUAAAAUCGGUGAAUCAAACUGAGACCAGUAUCACUCUGCAGUGGAAGAAAGUGGACAACAUACUCAAUUAUAAACUGGUUGUCAAUGGAGAGCGGAAAGAAAGCGCCACGGGAUCAAUGGAAGAAGAAUAUGUGACCCACAAAAUCUCAAACCUCACAUGUGGGACCAGACACAACUUCACUCUUUUCACUGAAUUUGAAAAUAUCACAAGCACCGGAGUGAACUACAGUGCACCCACUGCUCCUUGUAACGCUAAAGAGUUAAAAUCAGUGGGUCAAACUGAGACCAGUAUCACUCUGCAGUGGAAGAAAGUGGGCAACAUACUCAAUUAUAAACUGGAUGUCAAUGGAACGACAAUAAACGUCACUGCAUCAAUGGAAGAAGAAUAUGUGACCCGCACAAUCAAUAACCUCACAUGUGGGUUCAAAUACAAAUUCACUCUUUUCACCCUGUUUGAUGAGGUCACCAGCAGUGGAGUCCCAUACGAUGCAGUCACUGCUCCUUGUAACGCUAAAGAGUUUAAAUCAGUGGGUCAAACUGAGACCAGUAUCACUCUGCAGUGGAAGAAAGUGGGCGACAUCCUCAAGUAUAAACUGGUUGUCAAUGGAGAGCCGAAAGAAAACGUCACGGGAUCAAAGGAAAAAGAAAAUGUGACCCACAAAAUCUCAAACCUCACAUGUGGGACCAGAUACAACUUCAUUCUUUUUACUGAGUUUGAAAAUGUCAGAAGCACCGGAGUGAACUACAGUGCACCCACUGUUCCCCCCAUGGUGACUUCGGUCCAGGUGACCAAGCGCAACACGACCAGCGUCACCCUGCAGUGGCAGACAGUGAACCAAGACUGGGACUAUUCUCUGACAGUGAACGAAAUGCCCCAACAACCCCCAAUUAUAAUCAAGCAGAGUGUUUCCUAUUCGAUGUCUUCCCUCACGCCCGGAACGAGGUAUAAUUUCAGCGUAGUAACGACGUUCUUUGGGCUCAACAGCAGGCUGUAUGAAGACUUCACAGUGACGGCUCUGGACUGUACCUGGGACGUCACUAGCUCAUCAAUCCAAGGAGCUAUCAAAGGCCUGUUCUCCAAGGCUACGGCCGAUAACGGGACGCUCAGCAACGCCAAGCUGCAAGGAUCCAAAGUGCUGUUCACUGACCUCUGGCCCGGUGCGACGUACAUUGUUUCUGUCGUGUACGAAACAGAAUCCAAAUCCUUUCAACAGUGCCACCACGACGUGACAAUCCUUCCGUCACAGUUGACCGCCAGCUGUGAGUACUUUGACGCCGGGUAUUCUGUCUUCGUCAUCUGGAGUAAACCGGUUGGCGUGUGGACUUCAGUGGAGGUGAACGUGAGCGGGUGUACGCGCCUCGUGUGGCGAGAUGAGGAACAACAACUCAAGAUAUCAGGGUUCCUGCCUGCCAGGAGAUACGAGGUGUCUUUAUAUUCAAAGUCUGGGAAUCGAAACAGUGGGGAACCGUUCGUCUUUUCAUGUCUCACUGAUCCAAGGGGAGUCAUUGCAGGGGCAGUGUUUGGUGUGUUGAUUUUUUGUCUCCUGGUCUUUUUGGCUGUCUUCAUUAUUUUUAAAAGACCAGAUAUCAUCGGCAGAACGUCAUUCAUUGGUGGUACCAGAGAAUCCAUUAAAAUGAUCAAGGAUAUUCCUCUGGCAAAGUUUCCAGAACACUUCUACCAUUUAAGUAUGGAUCAAGGCAGAGGUUUCAGCGAGGAAUAUGAGAGCCUCAUUCCCGUCGGCGUGGAGCAAACAAAAGAGGCGGCUCUUCUACCCCAGAACAAACCGAGGAACCGCUUCAACAACAUCCUGCCGUAUGACUGGUGUCGGGUGAGGCUAACUACACUCAACCACAGUGGAGCUUCCGACUACAUCAACGCCUGCUACAUGCCGGGCUACAAAAGCGACAGAGAUUACAUCGCCACCCAGGGUCCUCUGCCCGCCACGGUGAACGAUUUUUGGAGAAUGAUCUGGGAACAAAGAGUAAAAGGCAUCGUCAUGGUCACCAACUGCACCGAGGGAGGACGGACUAAGUGUGAGCAAUACUGGCCUGCAGACAGAACGCCUUGCUCUCACGGAGAGCUGUUGGUCAGCAUCAGAUCCGAGCAGAAGGAGCCCAACUGGACAUUGAGGGAAUUUAGGGUGAAACAUAGGCAUCACUCAGAGGAGCGCACCGUGAGACAUUUUCACUUCACGGCCUGGCCCGACCACGGAGUCCCUCAGUGCACAGGCGUCCUGAUUCAGUUCAGGGGGCUGGUGAGACAGCACAUCGAGAGGGAAGGUGCUGCAGCGCCAACCGUGGUGCACUGCAGUGCUGGGGUGGGAAGGACAGGCACUAUCAUUGCCCUGGAUGUGCUGCUGCAGCAACUGGAGAGAGAGAGAGCCGUGGGAAUCAACGGCUUCGUGCGAAAGAUGAGACUGAGGCGCCCACACAUGGUGCAAACGGAGUCGCAGUACGUCUUUCUGCACCAAUGCAUCAUGGACCGUCUGCAGCAGGACGAGGAGACCGAAGAGCACAUAUACGAGAAUGCAGAAAUGAUUUACACCAACGCCACUGCACUCCGGGAGUUGACAAGGACCUAAACUACAAGAUCGUUGGUGCGGUAGUCAGUCUGACGAAUUAUACUCAAUGCUUUAUUGUUAUAAACUGUGAAUAUGCAAACAUUUAAAUUUUAUAUAUUUACUGUAGAUAGUCUUUAGGAUUUUAUUUAACCUGUUUGUGUGCUCCCCCAUCUACAAAAUGUGCAUCGUUAUGGUUAUUAUGUUGUGAGCAAAAAACACUCCAGGUGAAUGAAAAAACAUUUCAAUUCCAUUCAUUAAAAAACAAGAAAUGUGGG